GAAAAAGACCUAUUCAUUUCUUCAGCUCUUUUGGAGGAGAUGAACGUACAAGACUCUGUCGGUGCUGAAGCUGGGAAAGAAUCAGAUAACAUGGAGGUGUGGAGCAACAAGGAAUUCCCAGAAAGAACAGCACAAAGCAACCUUGAUACAGACUCUCUUGGUCUAGAAGUCCAGUGCCAGCAUUUUCGGGAAUUCAGCUACCAGGAAGAUGAAUGGCCCAGGGCGGUUUGUAGCCAACUCCACCAUCUCUGCCGUCAGUGGCUGAAGCCAGAAAAACACACCAAGGCUGAGAUCCUGGACUUGGUGAUCCUCGAACAGUUCCUGGCUGUCCUGCCCCCAGCGAUGGGGAUCUGGGUCAGAGAGUGCAAGCCGGAAUCCACUUCCCAGGCUGUGUCCCUGGCGGAAGGUUUCCUCCUCAGCCAAGCAGCGGAGAAGGAGCAGGAACCGGCAGUGGAUGCUCCCUCAGACCCAAGAGAGUGGCCUCUCCAUCGGAAGGACAAGAAGGGUGGAGGAGUUCCCUUGCCCGACUCUGGAACCACGCUGGGGACAGAUCCUCACUCAUUUCUUGGUGGAAGAAUGGAAACAGUGCCUGGGCAGCCGGAAGAGGAUCCCGUCGCUCUUGAAGACGUGGCUGUGUCUUUCACGGAUGAUGAAUGGGCCUUGCUGGAUCGAGGCCAAAGGGCUCUGCACUGGGAAGUCAUGGUGGAAAAUUUUGCUAACGUGGUGUCUCUGGCUUCUGGUAUGAGAGAAGACAGGUCCAAGGAAGACCAGGACGAGGUGUUUUUGGAAAACAGCACUAAGGAAGAGGGGAAACCCCAGAGGAGAAAAGCUGAAAUUGAAGAGAAAAGGAAUGAAUCUUUCUUUUCUCCACAUGAACAUUUUCAUCUAGCGCCAUUUGAAGAAGAAACACAUCAAAGCCAUGACAGUAAUCCACGCGCGGCGUGUGACAAAAGGUUCAGCUGUCAAGCCGGCCGAAAUACUCACUGGAAAACCCACAUCGGGAGGAAACAGUUGGACUGCUCAGAAUACAGGAAUCAUUAUUGGAAUUGUUUGUCCCCUGAAAAAGAUUUGAGAACACACGGGGAAGGAAAACCAUUUGGAUGCUUGGAUCGUGAGAAGAGCAUCAGUCGAAAUGCACACCUUGCUCCCCAUAAGAGAAUUCAGGUGAGGGAGAGACGGUUUCAGUGCUUCGAAUGUGGGAAGAGCUUCAGUCGGAGCACGCACCUCGUUUUCCAUAUGAGAAUCCACACAGGGGAGAAACCCUUUGAGUGCUUGCAAUGUGGAAUGAGCUUCAGUCGAAGCACAACCCUCGCUAACCAUAUGAGAAUCCAUACAGGGGAGAAACCUUUUAAAUGCCUGGAGUGCGGGAAGAGCUUCAAUCAGAACUCAAACCUAAUUUCCCAUAUGAGAAUCCACACAGGGGAGAAACCAUUUACUUGCUCCGAAUGCGGAAAGAGCUUCAGCCGGAGGCCACACCUCAUUUGCCAUCUGAGCAUCCACACUGGGGACAAACCCUUUAAGUGCUCGGAGUGCGGAAAGAGCUUCAGCCGGAAGGCAAGCGUUGCUUCCCACAUGAAAGUCCACACCGGCGAAAAGCCAUUCAAAUGCUUGGAAUGUGGAAAGAGUUUCAGUCAGAGGGGGAACCUUGCAUCUCAUAUGAGAAUCCACACCAGGGAGAAACCAUUUAAAUGCCUAGAAUGUGGAAAGAGCUUCAGACAGAGCACCAACCUAGUUCGCCAUGUGAGUAUUCACACCGGGGAGAAACCCUUUAAGUGCUCGCACUGCGGGAAGAGCUUCUGUGAACGAAGCAAACUUCGUUCCCAUCAACGAAUCCACACAGGGGAGAAACCCUAUAAAUGCCUUGAGUGCGGAAAAAGCUUCAGUAUCAGCAAAAGUCUGACAUGCCAUCAGAGAAUCCACACAGGGGAGAAACCCUAUAAAUGUUUGGAAUGUGGCAGGAAUUUCCGUUGGGCAGACUCCCUCGCCUUACAUCAGAAGAUCCACUCAGGGGAGAAGCCUUUUAAAUGCCUCGAGUGCGGGAAAAGCUUCACCACUAGCAAAUACCUGACUUCUCACCAGAUCAUCCACACAGGAGAGAAGCCGUUCAAAUGUUUAGAAUGUGGGAAAAGCUUUAACCGGAGAGACAUCCUUUUGUCACAUCAAAUCAUCCACACGGGGGAGAAACCAUACAAAUGCUUGGAAUGUGGAAAGAGCUUUAACAGAAAAGAUACCCUGAGUUCCCAUCAAACUAUCCACACAGGGGAGAAACCCUAUAAAUGUUCGGAGUGCGAAAAGAGCUUCGGGAAGAGCACAGACCUCAUCUACCAUCAAAGACUCCACAUGGGGGAGAAGCUCUAUCAGUGCCUGGACUGUGGAAGGAGCUUCAGUCAGACCUCCAUUCUCACGACCCAUCAGAGAAUCCACACAGGAGAGAAACCGUAUUUGUGCCUGGAGUGUGGAAAGAGCUUCCGGCAGAAAUCAAGUCUGGACAGACAUCAGAGAAUCCACACAGGAGAGAUGCCCUAUAAGUGCCUGGAGUGUGGAAAGAACUUCAGGCAGAGGUCCAGCCUUACCUCGCAUCAAAGAACACACAGGGAGGAGAAACCGUAUAAAUGCAUGCAUUGCGCAAAGAGCUUCCGGUGGCGAACCAACCUCAGUUCACAUCAGAGAGUUCACAACCGAGAGAAACCAUUUCAGUGUCUGGAAUGUGGGAAAAGUUUCGUUUCCGAAUCAAGCCUUAUCACCCAUUGGCGAAUCCACACUGAGGAGAAACCAUUUAAAUGUUCGGACUGUAACAAGAGUUUCAGCUACAAAUCGACUCUUCAGAGGCACUUGAGAAUCCACACCGGGGAGAAGCCAUUUAAAUGCGUGGAGUGCGGGAAGAGCUUUAUUUGGAAAUACCUCCUGCUGUCGCACCAAAAAAUCCACACCGGGGACAGACCGUUUAAAUGCCUGGAGUGCGGAAAGACCUUUAGCAGCGCUAAAUAUCUGACGUCCCAUCAAAGAGUCCACACAGGAGAGAAACCGUACAGAUGCCAGGAAUGUGGGAAGAAUUUUAGUCACAGGGCAAGCCUCUGUUCCCACGUCAGGAUCCACACAGGGGAGAAGCCGUAUAAAUGCCUGGAGUGUGGAAAAAGCUUUACUCAGCAAUCGAACCUCAUUGUCCAUCAGAAGAGCCACACCGGGGAGAAACCGUACACGUGCUUGGAGUGUGGAAAGAGGUUUAGCCAUAGCGCAAGCCUAGCCCACCAUCGGCACCGUCACACUGGAGAGAAACCGUACGAAUGCGCCGAGUGCGGGAAGUGCUUCAGCGUCAGCAAAUCCCUCAUUGCCCAUCAAAGGAUCCACACGGGGGAGAAACCGUUCCAGUGUCUGGAGUGCGGGAAGAGUUUCAGGUGGAGGUUUGUCCUCCUUUCACAUGAAAAAACACACACCGGGGAGAAACCCUACGAAUGCUUGGAAUGUGGGAAGCGGUUCAGGCACAACGGCAGCAUCGUUCGCCACCAGCGGCUUCACAGGCGGAAUAAGCUGUACCAAUGGCCGGAGGGCGGAAAGGGGUUUUGUGAGGGCCCAAACCUACAUUUGCCCCAAGGAAUUCACCCAGGGCAAAACCCUUACGAAUAUUUGGAGCGUGGAGAGAGCUUCUCUCUGAGUAGCAGCCUCAUUUUGCCUCAAACUGUCCCCAGCCAAUUGCUAGGCCAAAAUGGGGCAGACCCACUGAAUCUGCUGAUGAAUGAACAGGCAAUGCUUAGGUAAGCCCAAUUGGUCCCAUGGGCCUACUUUGGCUGGGAUGAGCAGUCAGAUUUAGGCCCACGAAUCCUGAGACGAGAACCGACUAAAAGGUUUUUCUGUCUGUGCUUUUCUUUCCGCUCUCCCUAACCUUAUAUAAAAAGUACCUAGUGCAGUAUAGUAGAUAGAGUGAUGGGCGAGAAUUCAGGAGGCCUGGGUUUGAAUCCCCGCUCAGCCAUGGAAAAUCACUG